AUGUUGGGUAAACUAUCUCGUAUAUUGCCUAGCAUUCAACGAGCUUGUAAAAAUCUACCGUUUCGAAGUAAGAACAGUAAAAAAGGGAAAAAGUCGUUCCCGCUUCUGUCACUCCCAUCGUUGAUAUUGGAGAAGGUUUUCAAUCAAACGGAGGCAAUCGAUUUAUUGAAUCUUACUGCUUGCUCAAAAAACGCGGGAAGAGCUGUCAAAAUCACCUCGAAAAGGAACUCUGCAAAAACCUGCCUUCUUCAUCUUCGGUAUCCCAGACCAAGCAUCACUAUCUCAUUUUACGGAUUUCGCAAAAACCUGGUAUGGAUGUUUGACAAAGAAGAAAAGCUGACAAAAAAGCAUGUUCAAGAAGAGAAGACUCUAUCUGGAUACCUAUUCAACACUUAUCGUGAGAAAAAGAAGACUCGUCAUGUCAUGUGUAGAAAUGAGAAUGUUCGAGAGGGAUUCAUCAAGAUUUUGGAUCAUUUUCUGCAAGUUUUCACCGUCCCCAUACAAAUAGUGGUUGAACCAAACCUUGGAGACUUGAUGACCCUUUUCAAUCAUCCUCUAUUAUUGAGAUGUUCGGAAUUAGAACUAACUCGUGGAUACAAACAGUAUCAUUUUGGAAGGGAGGAGCUGAAUGCAAUCUGCAAGAAAAUUCAUGUCAAAGACAGAUUCAGAGUGGAUGUGGACACCGGUUCAACUAAUUUACGACAGAUAUUCUUUGUUGAAAACUUCUCGAUAUGCAAUGCGAAUUGGAUGUGUUCUCACGACUUGCUCAAUUUGGAUUGCCGCACUGCCAAAUUCAAACGACAUGCCUUCAAAAUUGACGAAAUUGAGGAUUAUGCAUUAAAGUGGCUAUCAAAACCACACAAACCGAAGUUGGAAAGGAUGGAAUUCGCUUGGGAUCCUCUGGAAGAAGUUUGGUUUGAUAAAUUGAAAACAAUGGAGUGGGACAAAACACGUCGAUCAAAGUGUUGCAUGAAAAGUGAACUGCUGACGUCUGGAACAUAUGAUUGCUCAGCGGCAUUUGACUUCAUACGGAAAGAUGGCUUGCUAGCGAGUAUCGGUGUUGUUGACGAUGUUGGUGGGAGUAUUCUACUGUUCCAUGUCUGGCAUGACCGUUUUCCAACCAAAACUCAGCAAGAUCUUCUACAAAAAAAAUUGGCUGGUUUGUACACUGAACUACCGGAAGUCAACGAACUCUACGGGGUCGGAAGUGUUGCUGAACGGGAAUUGCAGAACCCAAAGUUAUCAAUUGAACGGUUCCAAGAACUGCUUAAUGAGACGUACACUCAUAGAAUCGCACUCUUUAACAGCUCUCCUGAGUUGGAGUAUUGGUACGGUUUCCAUAAUCAAAUUUUGAAUGUGAUGAAAGAUAUAAGAUUUUUGGUUUAA